GAGAAAACACAAUUCUAAAAGUUUACUAUAUAGCGCAGGGGUUCCGUGUCAUCUUAACCGUCCAGUAAUGGGCCUGUUCACCCUAUCCGGUAAAAAAAGCUCCGGACAUUUAUUUUCUCCGGGGAACUACACGCCAGCCAUGGUACAUUCUAGUUUCGCGGCGCUAGUUGCCAAGUCUCAAAGCGGAACAAGCGUUCAAAGUCCAAAAAUCCGCGUUAAAUCCCCUGUCCUUCACAAAAUCCCUCUAAAAACGAAGUAUCCCCUCAAUUUUGGCCUCUAGCAAUGUUCAAACUUCGCGUUAACCCUUAAUAAACGCAGUGAUUAUUAUUCUAGAAAAUUCUAGAAAAUACCGAGACUCUAGAAGACCUGCGCCACGCCACAUCCCUCCCCUUCUUCCGCCGAGACUUACGCAACGCGACGUUAUCGACAAAAUCCCCUCGUUUCUGUUCCGUUUCCAUCUCAGCGCAGUCAGUUCUAAAGUGAAUAACCAAGUGAACACACGUGAAUUUUUCAUCAAGCCCUUGAUUACACCUGAAUUACCAAACAUGCCACGACGAGGACGUGCAUCUGGACCUCCCCCAAGGACGGUUAGGCCCUCAGCUCCGGCUAGAGCUGCCCCUGCGGCGCAUCCUCCAGCACCAGUGCCAGCUCCGGCGGCCAGUCCAAUGGUGGCUGCAGCACCCCAGGGGCCCGGACUGAUGGGUCAAAUGGCAGCCACUGCUGGUGGUGUUGCCAUCGGAUCCGCAGUCGGUCACACCAUUGGACACGCCAUGACCGGCCUCUUCAGCGGUGGCUCAUCAGAGCAAGCGGCAGCCGCUGCACCAGCUCCAGUGGCACAGCAGAACAUGCAGCCAGCUCCUCAAGCUGGAGGGGCUUGCGCCUGGGAGAUUAAACAAUUCCUCGAGUGCGCUCAGCACCAGUCAGAUCUCACACUCUGCGAGGGCUUCAAUGAGGCUCUACGCCAGUGCAAGACCGCUAAUCAUAUGUAAAUCUCUCGAUAGAUGAUUCCCCAAAUUAUCCGUCAUUGGACACUGUAUUUUUCUUUGUCUGUGCUUUUCAAUGUUUCAAGAGAUCGACGGAGUAUUGAUCCAAUUCGUUGAUGAUGUACUAGAAAAUUGAAGGAAGUGAAUAAAAUUAGUUGUUAAAACGUAAA